GAUACCUAUCCAUAAAAUAUUCUUUUAUUUUUUUGGAAUUAUUUGAAUUAUUAUUAUAAUAAUUAUCCAAAACUAUCACCUAUAUAUAAAUAGUAUGCAGCAUGGGUGUGUAAUAACCAGAGGAAAAUUUUGCUAUUACUUGAAGCCAAGAAAUUCUUAACAAAAAAACAUGGGAAAACAAGAAGAAUCAAAGAUUAAUUUUCAAUUAAUUCCAACACCUGAGGAAAUGAUUGCAGCAAACAAUUUUGAGCAAAAAAAAAGUUGUAAUUUUUACAACAAAUCGCAGAAAUUAUCAUUAGGUGGUACUAGUAGUAGUAGUAGUAGUAGUAUUAGUAGCUGUGAUUCAACCACAACUUUUGAAUCAAAUUCAUCAUCUUCAUCAGAUUUAAUGGAGGAUGCUACUUCUACAUCAUCAUCUUCUACAGAUGGACCUUUAUUUCAUUUGUCAGAUCUCAUGGAUAAACUUCCUAUCAAAAAAGGGCUAUCAAAGUAUUAUUCAGGGAAAUCAGAGUCAUUUACAUCACUAGCAAGUGUGGAGAAUUUGGAAGAUCUUGUGAAGAGAGAAAAUCCGUACAGAAAAAAGAUGAAAUUAUGCAGGAGUUAUUACAGUCCAAAACCAACAAUUUCAAAGAAAGUUUCAUAUUCAAGAAAUUCUUUUUCAAGAAAUUGUAGCAGUAAUCUCAUGUCUUCAGCUUGCAGAUCGCCUUCUAUACCUCCUAUGUUUAAGGAAUUUUAAUUUCAUCCAUUUUUUUUUGGUUAUUUCCUUUUUUAGAAGAAUGUUAAUUUUAAGGUAAAUCAGAAAAUUUUGUACGGUUAGCAAUCUGCCUGUACCAGUGUUCACUGCUGCAAGUGCAAGAGAAAAAAAAUUUGAUGAUUUUUUCUCAA